GAUGAAGAGUCUCUUGGAGACUUUUCUACUCAGCUGGCUUCAAACCGUAAUCCUCAGAUCUUAGCCUCUUGAAUAGCUAGGAUAACAGGCGUGAUCCACUGGCACCCAGGAAGCAAUGUUAUUUUGACUGAGAAGUUUCCAGAUCUCAAUAGCGUAUGUGUCAGCCAGAGGUGUCAGCACCAGCUGUGGCCUUGGUCUCAGCUCUCUUCCAAAACUGUUGGUGCGUUUGUCCAGAGGGAAGGAGAGGGGGAUGAUUCAGGCAAGUUGGCAGCAAGGACAGCUCUAAGAUAUGAUUAUCAGGGGAAAGGUGAGUGCUUUCAGUUUAAGCUAUUUUCCAUCACACCCUGUGUCUCUCUAGCUGCUUUUCUGGUUCUCUCAGGGAGGUAGGUGGGACAGGUAAGGGUAUCCCUAGCACCCGUCCAUCAAACAUCCUGAGGGUCUAGCUGGCUGCAGAUGUCCUCUGGGGCCUAGACUUCAGCUUUCCCCUCAGGGGCUCCCUUCUGGGUCUGCAUGGGUGUCUCCUGUGCUGUUGUGAUGUCACUGCGGGGACUAGGCACCGAGUCCCUCCUUGUUUGAAGCUUUGGAAUCCACUUGGCCAGAUUCCUGCUGGGCAAGUUCUGAUGCUCUGUGUCUUGGGUACAUGGGCUGGCAGGGUUUGGAGGGCCUCUGUCCGAUUACCCUGUCCUCUGCCCCAGCACCAAUCCCACCCAGGUGGUCGGCUCCAAAGCUGUGCAGAGGAAGAAGGGGCAGGUUCCAGAGACGCUUGUGGAGCACUGGCUGUGAAGCGGGCUGAGGAGCUUCCAGGACUCUGGGGCCAUCUUGGGAUGGGCCCAGGAGAGGGGCUGUGAACCUGCUACCUGCAGCCUCCUUCCUAAUCCCGAGGGACAAAGGGGUGUAGGUAGGGAGCUUCCAGGGCCUGUGCUGACCUGCAAUCCAUUCUGACCCACAGGGCAUGGGGGCGCCGCACGUUCCGGGGCGCACGGUGCUCUUCCAGCGGGAGAGAACAGGCCUGACCUACCGCGUGCCGGCGCUGCUUCCGGUGCCCCCGGGGCCCACCCUCCUGGCCUUCGCGGAGCAACGCCUCAGUCCCGACGACUCCCACGCCCACCGGCUGGUGCUGAGGAGGGGCACGCUGGCCGGGGGCUCCGUGCGGUGGGACGCCCUGCGCGUGCUGGAGACUGCCGCCCUGGACGAGCACCGGUCCAUGAACCCCUGCCCGGUGCUGGACGCGGGCUCGGGCACCAUCUUCCUCUUCUUCAUCGCCGUGCUGGGCCACACACCGGAGGCUGUGCAGAUCGCCACCGGCAGGAACGCGGCUCGUCUCUGCUGUGUGACCAGCCGUGACACGGGCCUCACCUGGGGUGGCGCGCGGGACCUCACGGAGGAGGCCAUUGGCCCCGCGGUGCAGGACUGGGCCACCUUUGCAGUUGGCCCAGGCCAUGGAGUCCAGCUGCCCUCGGGCCGUCUGCUGGUGCCUGCUUAUACCUACCAUGUGGAUCGCCGGGAAUGUUUUGGCAAGAUCUGCUGGACUAGUCCUCACUCUUUUGCUUUCUAUAGUGAUGACCAUGGCCACACCUGGCAUUGUGGAGGCCUCGUGCCUAACCUGCGCUCGGGUGAGUGCCAGCUGGCUGCAGUGGAUGGAGGCCUCCUCUAUUGCAAUGCCCGGAGCCCCCUGGGCAGCCGAGUACAGGCGCUCAGCACAGAUGAGGGCACCUCCUUCUUGCCUGGGGAGCUUGUGCCUACUCUGGCUGAGACCGCCCGGGGCUGCCAGGGAAGUAUCGUGGGCUUCCCAGCCCCACUGCUCAGCUGGCCUCAUAGUGAGAGGUGGUGGCCCAGCCCCAGGAGCACCCCUUACCCUCCCUGCCCCUGUCCUGGACUCCAGGACUCUCUGAGGGAGGAUGCUCAGGGCACUCCUGGAGGCUGGGUGCCCAGAGGUCCCUUUUGCCACCCACAACCCUGGGGAGAUGCCACAAAGCAGCCUGGUCCAGAAGCUGAGUUAGGUGGGGACAGGGCUGCCUGGAUCCCGCUGUACUCCAUGCUUUCUGCUGCUCCACCUCAGCGCCCCAUCUGGCUGCUGUAUUCUCACCCCGCAGGCCGAAGAGCCAGGCUCCACAUGGGGAUUCGCCUGAGCCGCUCCCCAUUGGACUUCCACAGUUGGACAGAGCCGUGGGUGAUCUACGAGGGCCCUAGUGGCUACUCCGACCUGGCAAACCUUGGGCCUGUGCCUGGGGAAGCCCUGGCCUUUGCCUGUCUGUUUGAGAGUGGGGCAAGGGCCUCCUAUGAGGACAUCUCCUUCUGCAUGUUCUCCCUGCGUGAAGUCCUGGAGAAUGUGCCCACAAGUUCAGAGCUGCCCAGUUGCAAAGACAAGCUGUGGGGGCACUGCUGCCCCUCCUGA